GACAAGUUGACAGCAGUGAAUUGAAGGAAAAAAUACUACACAGAAAUCCUUACCAUUGAAGCUUUCAUUGGUCGGGGCAUGAACUUCUGCUUUAAUUAAAAUAAAAAAAUAGACGUAAUUCCUUUAAUUUUCUUUCAUCACAACAUCAACAAGCAUUAAGCGAUGGACAAAUAUGUUGGCGUUUAUGUCAAACUAUUGUUGAACAAUAGUGAUAUUAUUAAAGGAUAUAUCAAAGGAAGAGAUGAUAAUGGGCUUUUGCUGUUGGAAAGCGCCAUUAUUGAACGUGCUAACGGGCAGAGAGCUGAAGAGCGUAUAUUGGCCCUAAGUGUACGUGAAAUCAAAGAUUUAGAAGUGCUUGAAGGGAGUACAUCAGAACUGAAUCAACCACAGCCAUUGCAACAACAACAGCAGCAAUCAUCCCAAGCACGAUUGGAGACAGGACAGCCACAACCCGCUCCUCAUCAGCCUCAGUCGCGUUUUGAUCACUCAACAAUAAAUCAUUAUGUUGCGGCACCUACGCUUGCACCUGUGCUAAAUCAUUCUAUACAUGUUAAGCCUGAUAUUGCAAACACUCGACAACAGCAGUUGCAACAGCAUCAGGAGCAACCAAUGAAGCAAAAACAGCCCUUAUCAAGCGACUCUGCCAUAAUAAGUAUGCAACAGCCCUCAGGCAGUAUAUUAAACAGUAAUUCCAAGAAUAGCAAAGCUAGCAACCAUCGAAUAGCUUCGACGACUAUUAACCCUGCUGUCCUUUUCGUACAACCAACAUCAGAAAUACUCUCUACUAAUGGUAGAAAAAGCAGCAGCCCUACUGUGUCAACAGAAGUUGACAAAAUAUCAAUUGGAACUUUACGACCAUUAGAUCCUUCAAUUCUAUUUCAAAAACCUCAGCAACAACGGCAAUGUGAUCCUUUUAUUAAUGAUAGUGCCGUUGGUCACUGGGAAAAACAACUGCUGCAGCACCAAAAACAGUCAGUGUUAGUUCAAGACCCUGCUAUCAUCAGCGUAUCAUUCACACCAACAAACGCAAAAGCUGAAAUGGAUCCAGCAAUAUAUGCUGAAGAAAAACAAUUAAAGCAACAGCAGGAAUCAAAGAAUCAAAUACUUUCAAAACAAUCAAAGGAGUCCCAGCAACAAAAGAGAAAACCCCUAUUUGGUGCGGCCAUGAGCAUGGAUAGGAAACCUGUGAUGGAAAUUGUUGAAUUUGAAGACUAUUCAGCUUUUGAAAAAGGGAAAGGUACUGUUCGAAAGGCUGUGACAACAAGAACAUCCAUUGAAAGUUGUGGGAGAGAAAGUCAAUCCGCUCAUAGUUAUGUUAACAACGGCUAUGAUGGUACGAUAAUAAGGGAUCGACAACAAACGAUUAAUGAAGUAGAGGGAGUUAUACAGAUGAGAUCAGAUGCUUCAUUGAUGAAUGAUAAAUCUUAUCCUGUUUCCCCUACCGACAUAAGCAUAGAAAGGAAGCAAAAGAAACGGGAAAAGCAGCAACAGUCAAAGCCUUCAACUGCCAUUCCUAUAUCGCUUAUCCCACCUCAUGUUUUGAAUCGAAAACCUAGCUCUAUACCGAAUAAAUCACCACCCAUCAAUGUUAGAUUAACAUCACCUCUGACGGCUCAGUCUUCCUUCGCAGCGUCAACAGUUUCGUCUGUGGGGUCAAAUAUCAGAAAGGACACAGCUUCUGCGUUGAGCAACCAACAUGAGAUCCUCAGAACUGCUGUACAAACAGCACCUCGGAUUAUGACUGUCUCAGGCGGCAUCGAAGUUCCUACUUUGAAUGCUAAUCAAAUGGAAAUUUCCAAGCUAAUUGCUCGAGAGACAGGUCUUACUCAACUUCAAAUAGUAGAAAAUGCCGCUUUCGGCAUCAGUAGCAUGGUUUUGAAAGCUAUUGGUGGGCAUCGUCGUAUUCAGCCAGAUAAUCCCAAUUCAGCACCGGUUGCUGUUAUUUUAGUGGGUCCCGGUUUCGUUGGGGAAUGUGGCAUUGCAGCUGCACGUCAUUUGGCGAAUCGUGGAUGUCAAGUCUUAAUUGGUAUGACAGAAAAUACCUACUGUGGGGCAAUACUAGAGCAAUAUAAAGCUUUGGCUAAAUCCUCUGGUGCAAACAUUGUUUAUUCAGUCGAGGAACUUCCUGAUUCAUCUACUAUGCCUGUAGAUAUAAUUAUUGACGCGUUAUUGGGGCCUGAUCUGCUUAAAAUUACGCUUGCAAUCAAACGGCAGAUGGAGUGGGCAAAUAAAAAUAAGGCACCCGUUCUCAGCAUAGAAUUUCCGAGUGGUAUCAACCCUAAUGAUGGCUCAACAUAUUCAUCCAUGGUUGUUCAUGAGACAUCAACGUCGUCCCCUUGCAGCAAACUGCCAAUUUGCAAUUACGGAUGUAGUAACUAUAUUAAGCCGAAAUGGACCCUAUGCCUUGGUGCGCCUCAUGCAGGUUGUGUUGGUCGCCAUAUUACUGGUGAAUUGUUCAUAGCAGAUAUAGGUCUACCGUCUCAUUCUUUUGAACAAAGUAGACCUGGCUUCCGAAUCCCUUGGGGUAGUGAUUUUCUACUAGCAUUAGAAUAUAUCGAAGAGCAAUAAUUGCCUCCGCAACUUUAGCGUAGAAAUUAAAUGCUACUAUAGGGUUGUAAUAUUUUAUUAGUGAACUAAGCAAGUAGAGGGGAAUUUUCUUUCCCCAUUAUCUACUGUAUCAUGAGCAAUUCAGGAUGAUCUGUAAAACAGGACUGAUUAAAGAAGUUAAGAGUUUUUGUUGGGAUAAAGAACUCGAAGAAUAAUAACCAUCAUAAUAGUAGCUGAGAAAUGAAUGCGGACCAGAAUUGUGUAGACAUCGAGCCAUUGAUUAUUUAAUAUAGAUGAUCAUAAUUGAAUCUGUAGCAUUCUUGAAGUUAUAAUGUAAAGCUCGAACCUUGUAUAUCAAGCAAAAAGCAAUGAGACAUCCAAGUCCAUAUGUGCCAGUUGCAACAGAUUAUUUUUAAACUAAUAUUUUAUACGGUCGAAGUUUUGCUAGGUCAGACAGUCGUUAAUUUUCAUUGAUGAUUAUCAGUAAUAGAGCAUG